UGACAACUUCCGCUUUCACCUGGAAGUACAACAGUAAAUGGUUCGCAGACCACCUUGUGUUGCAAAGAAGAUUCAUAACAAACAUUCGUGAUUUAAGACCUAGACUGAAUAAACUUUACUAGAGAUUAUAAAGACUGAUCUGUCGUUCAGCUGACAUGCUCCCGUUAUCUUUACUGAAGACAGCACAGAACCACCCGAUGCUGGUGGAGUUAAAGAAUGGUGAGACGUACAAUGGUCAUCUGGUCAGCUGUGACAACUGGAUGAACAUCAACUUGAGAGAAGUCAUUUGCACCUCACGGGAUGGAGAUAAAUUUUGGAGGAUGCCGGAAUGCUACAUCAGAGGAAGCACCAUUAAAUACUUACGAAUCCCUGAUGAAAUCAUAGAUAUGGUGAAAGAGGAAGUAAUAUCAAAGGGGCGUGGCCGGGGAGGUAUGCAGCAGAACAAGCCACAGGGAAAAGGCAGAGGAGGUGGACCUGGAAGAGGUGGUGGAGCCGGCAGAGGUAUUUUUGGUGGCCGUGGCAGAGGCAUGACGGGAACUGGCCGUGGACAGCAACAAGACAAAAAGCCUGGAAAACCACAAGUUUGAUCAUCAACCAAAAAGAGUGAGUUUAAUUUGAAAUGGACGUCCUGGAUAUCCGAAGAUUUUAAUUUGGACAAGAUGAUGUAAAGAUGCUCUUCCAUUUUCUUCAAGUUGUUUUUAUUUUCUGUUCACUCACAUUUUGGUGCAUGUUUUCACAUUUGCUCUUAAGGUUUUAUUUUUGUUUUUUGUUUUUUUUUUAAAUACAACCAUGGUGUAACUUGACUUGUGCACUUGUGAAUAAACAAUUUUUGUUAAAUAUUGCAA